UGUGUGGCAUUCAAAAAUCGAAGCAUCGGAGAAUGGGAGUGAAGAAUCUGUGGGAUGUAUUGGAACAAUGCAAGAAAACAUUGCCUCUUCAUCAUCUCCACAACAAAAGGGUAUGCAUAGAUCUGUCUUGUUGGAUAGUUCAGCUUCAAAAUGUUAACAAAUCUCACUGCCCCAUCAAUAACAAGCUUUAUCUCGCCUCUCUCUUUCACCGCCUCAGGGCUCUCAUUGCCUUGAAUUGCUCUCUCAUUUUUGUUACUGAUGGGUCAAUUCCUGCCAUCAAAUUAUGUACUUACAGGCGGCGCUUAAACUUACGACCUGAGGCUCAAGAUGGGGCAAAUUCACAUUCACAAAACUUGUCUUCGCUUAAAAGGAAUAUGGGAUCUGAAUUCUCUUGUAUGAUCAAAGAAGCAAAACUCCUUGGAUUAGCACUUGGGAUUCCAUGUUUAGAUGGGAUCGAGGAAGCUGAAGCACAAUGCGCUUUACUAAACUUAGAAUCCUUAUGUGAUGGGUGUUUCUCUUCUGAUUCAGAUACCUUCCUUUUUGGUGCCAGGACAGUGUACAGAGACAUUUGCCUUGGCGAAGGAGGCCAUGUUGUUUGUUAUGAAAUGGAUGAUAUAGAGCGACAACUUGGAUUUGGGAGGAACUCCUUGAUUUCUUUGGCCCUUCUUCUUGGCAGUGAUUACACUCAGGGUGUCCGUGGUCUUGGUCUGGAGGCAGCAUGCCAGAUUGUUAAAUCAGUUGGGGACAAUGAUAUUCUUCGAAAAAUUGCAUCGGAAGGACUUUCUUUUACAAGGAAGAAAAAAAAUUCAAAGAAGCAAGGUCAGGUCAAGUGCAAUGACAAGGAAACUACAUUGUCUUGCAAAGUGAACAUGAAUGGAGGCAUUCAGAAUUCACAAACAGAUGAUCAGUAUUUGCGAGUGGUGGAAGCAUAUAUGAGCCCCAAGUGCCAUUCAGCUGACUCUGAUGUAGUCCAUAGAGCUCUUGUACAGCGUCCAUUCCAGCAUGAGCAACUGCAGAUGCUCUGUUCUCGAUUCUUUGAGUGGCCUCCUGAAAAAACAGAUGAAUACAUCCUUCCUAAGAUUGCUGAAAGAGAUUUACGACGAUUUGCUUAUUUGCGGUCUACUUCGUCUCAGUUAGAUGUUAACAUUCCAAUGAAGGAGGUGCCAGUUAAGUGUCCUAUAUCGGCAAUUAUCAAGCGCCGAAAAGUUCAUGGAAGAGAAUGUUUUGAGGUGCUGUGGGAAGAACUUUAUGGAAUUAAAAGCUCUGUAGUGCCCUCAGAUCUUGUAGAGAGUGCUUGUCCUGAAAAGAUCAAAGAGUUUGAUGAUAAGAGAGCACUAGAGAAGAAAAAUCAACGUAAAUCAAGACCGAAGAAAUCGGGAAAACAAUGUUCUCUGACCGAAAUAGAUCAGAAACUGCAACAUCUGUUGCUUGACAUCGAGUUAGGGAGUGAGUCGAGCCCCAUGGCUUCAAGAGAAGUUAUAUCAGAUCAAAUGCCGACAGCAACCGAGGUUAAUUUCAUGAACCGAGAUCCCCCAAUCAUUUUGGAUUCCUAUUGCAGAGCUACAAUGUUAUGCCAGGAAACCGACAUUACUGCUCCAAAACAUGAAGUUAUUGAUCUUUUGAGCCCUUCCCCGCAAGUGCAGUCCCGGGUUGUUUCUAGAUGCACUCAAAUGAAUGAUCAACACAUUACUAUAAUCGAUUUGAGUGAAUCGGAAACUGAGAGAUCACCUGAACAUGUAAGGAAAGCAAGAGAGCUUAGACUGUUUCUUGCCAGCAUUCGAGAUGACUUCAAUUGAAUGGAUUGCAGCCAUGAUAGAUAUGUAGAUUAUCAGUCAACUAUUAUGCAUGUUUUAUCUUUGUGACAUGUCCAAGUAUGUUUUUCUUUCUAUUAAUUUGUGACUUAUUUAUUUAUGUGUAUCCUUUUUUGUCAUUUAUGAAUGAUUCAAUCAUCCAAAUGCCGAUAAAA